CUUUUCUAUCACUCAUCAUUUUCUCCGCAUUCUAGAACACAAAACAACACUCACUGGUUUCACAUUCUUCAACCCUAAUUUACAAAAACUCAUUUUUUUUUUAAUUUUACAGAAAAUUCCGUUGAAAAAUCUCACAAAAAUGAAGGGAGUGAAAGGAAAAUUGCUGAAGAAGCUGAAAUCAAUCAAACAGAUUGGAUAUCUAAAGCCAGAUCGAAUUCUUCAGGUGAAAUCCAGUGAUGGGUAUGUAGAUUUUCUCCCAAAGAUUUCAUCUUUCAACAUAUCGAAUCCGUUUGUUUCUGGAGAAAACGAGGGUAAGAAAACUGUGCAGAAUUGCGAGAAUUUGAAGGAAGGAGAACCGGAGAUCGUUGAUGUGUCAGAGCUCAUGAAAGGUCUUGAAGAAGAUGAAGAAAUGGAGGAAUUGGAUGAUGAUGGUUGCGAAGAUAACAAAGAGAAUGUCUGUUACAAAGGAACAGAGUCGAAACAGAGUGAGGUUUUGAGAGAUAAGAAACCACCACUGUUGCCGAGAGGUAAUUCUGAUAGGAAAAGGAAGUUUUCUUUUUCGGAGAGUGAUGAUUUGUCGUUCCGGAGACCGGAUUUGAACUCUGGUAGCUUGUUUGAUCCGAAGCUACUCGCUGCGUUCGAGGAAGCGGUGAAGGAGCAUUGUAGAAUGACAGAGGAGCAGAGAAGGGCUAGAGUUGAAGAAGAGUCUUUACAGAAAGUAAAAUUUGUUGAAGAUGAUGAAGUUGAAGUUGAUCCUUUGUUGUUGUUUGAAGAGAAAUGUCCACCAGGUGGUGAUGGAACUGUGAUUUUCUACACAACAUCGCUUAGAGGAAUCAGAAAGACUUAUGAAGACUGCAACAAAAUUCGUUUCUUAUUGCAAAGUUUCAAGGUUUUGUAUCUUGAAAGAGAUGUAUCAAUGCAUAGAGAGUUUAAGGAGGAGUUAUGGAGCAUUUUGGGUGAGAAAAUUGUGCCUCCGAGGCUUUUUAUUAAGGGGAGAUAUAUAGGUGCAGCUGAAGAAGUUAUGAGUUUGCAUGAACAAGGGAAGUUGAAGAAAAUUCUUGAAGGGGUUCCAUUGGAUUGGUCAAAUGGUCCUUGUGAUGCUUGUGGUGGUUUAAGGUUUGUGAUGUGCUUUAAGUGUAAUGGUAGCCAUAGGAUUUUUGCUAAGGAAGAGGUUAAUGAGUGUUUGGAGUGUAAUGAGAAUGGAUUGGUUGUGUGUGCUUAUUGUGGCUAGAUGAUGGAGAAUGUUGUUUGUUCAAACUUGUGUUUUGUGAUUACAUUGAUAGAGUUUUUUUGGUAAGUGCUAUAAGCACUUAUUUCAUUGGAUGUUUGCACUGUUUCUUGGCUAAAGUCUAUAGUUGUUUUAAUAUCAGAUUCUGUGCCUAUAAUACAUUUUUACUUUGAUGAUUUUUUCUCA